CACUUGCCUUGUCCUACAGUUGUUUCCUUAUGUCUUUUCGUGUCUGUUUUUUUCCCUUUUGUGAUCUGUCCCUGUUCUUGGCCUCACUGUGGUUGUUUUUGUUUUGCAUCUUCAUUGUGAUUUUUAUCCUGUCUUUAUCUCUCCUGUCUUCAUUCUUUGUCUUCUCAUCUUUCCUCUGUCACUAAACCGUCGCCUCUCCCCUCCCAGUUGCGGGAGGCGGGGAUAAACCUCCAAAUCGCCCUCCUUUCUCCGCGCCCUGCCUCUGCUCCUUUUCCUCGCCUAGAAUCCAGUCUUCCGGUUUCAGACGGACCCUUUAUCUUAAGUUCUCUAGUUUCCCUCCGGAGGCCAGACUGAGGAAACAACCCCCCCCACCCCCGCACAGUCGGGGAGGAACGACAUCCGCCCAAGAGUUCCAUGGCCUCCACUUCCCGCCGCCAACGUCGAGAGCGUCGUUUCCGUCGUUACUUGUCUGCAGGACGGCUAGUCCGAGCCCAGGCCCUCCUCCAGAGACACCCAGGCCUUGAUAUAGAUGCUGGGGAGCCCCCACCACUGCACCGGGCCUGUGCCCGCCACGAUGCACCUGCCCUGUGCCUGCUUCUUCGGCUGGGGGCCGACCCUGCCCACCAGGACCGCCAUGGGGACACGGCGCUGCACGCUGCUGCCCGCCAGGGCCCUGAUGCCUACACGGACUUCUUCCUGCCACUGCUGAGUCGCUGUCCCUCUGCCAUGGGAAUAAAGAAUAAGGAUGGGGAGACCCCUGGGCAAAUUCUAGGCUGGGGACCUCCCUGGGAUUCUGCUGAAGAGGAGGAAGAAGAUGAGGCCUCCAAGGAGCAGGAGUGGAGGCAGAAGCUGCAGGGAGAGCUGGAAGAUGAGUGGCAGGAGGUCAUUGGGAGGUUUGAAGAUGAUGCUUCCCAUGAGACCCAGGAACCCGAAUCUUUCGCAGCCUGGUCAGAUCGCUUGGCCCGGGAACAUGCCCAGAAGCGCCAGCAGCAGCGAGAGGCAGAGGGAGCCUGCCGACCCCCACGGGCUGAGGGCUCCAGUCAGAGCUGGCGGCAGCAGGAGGAGGAGCAGCGGCUCUUCCGAGAGCGAGCCCGGGCCAAGGAGGAAGAACUGCGUGAGAGCCAAGCCAGGAGGGCGCAGGAGGCUCGCGGGGACCGAGGGCCGGAGCUAGCCAGGGCCGGACCCAGGGCAGAGCACCCCGGAGGAGCAGGGAGGGGCAGCCUCUGGCGCUUUGGUGAUGUGCCCUGGCCCUGUCCUGGGGGAGGGGACCCAGAGGCCAUGGCUGCAGCCCUGGUGGCCAGGGGUCCCCCCUUGGAGGAGCAGGGGGCUCUGAGGAGGUACUUGAGGGUCCAGCAGGUCCGCUGGCACCCUGACCGCUUCUUGCAGCGAUUCCGAAGCCAGAUUGAGACCUGGGAGCUGGGCCGCGUGAUGGGAGCUGUGACAGCCCUUUCUCAGGCCCUGAAUCGCCAUGCGGAGGCCCUCAAGUGAGCCCAGGGAAAGAGCGUGAACUGCAGGGAAUGCUGCCUUAGGGGCAGGGCAGUAGGAAGGGUAUGUCAGGGAUGACGAGGAAGAGGCAGAUGCUGCACGGCAGAGGAUAUAGGGUGGGAGCGAAACUUGUAGUGAGCGGGGGCGGGGGGAGUAUGGGCCACCACCGCCACUCCUUGCCUCUGCCGUUUCCUAAUAAGACCUGGUUCCACAUAUCA